UAAUAGAAAUGAGCUGCAAGUGGAUUAAUCAGAAAAUGCUGAUAAUAUUUUACAUACUGCUGAGUGUCAGAGUUGGUAGAUGCACAGAUGAUCUAUUCUUUGAAACAAAGAGUUUAGUUGUUGGAGAUUAUGUGACUCUGAAAUGCCCACGCCGAACAGCUGAGUACAAAGAAACCAUGUACUGGAUAAGGAUAGUUUCUGGCAGCUCAGCUGAAUUCUUGGGAGGAACAUUUACCUUUGACUAUAAUGAUGUUAACAAAACUCCCCAUAUUACAGCAAAACAAGAGCCUGGAACUUUUACUCUUGAAAUAAGUAAAGUUAAUCUAAGUGACAUUGGCCUUUACUACUGUAUAAAAGUCAGGCAGCUUGCUAUGACAUUUUUAAAAGGAACGUUUCUUACAAUUGAAGAACUAGAACCUGAUGACACUGACAUUUUUCAAAUGCCUCCAUCUGAUCAUGUCUAUCAAGGAGAUCCAGUGGCUCUGCAGUGUUCACUCCUCUCUAACACUGAGAAGAAAACUUGUUCUGGAAAUCACAGUGUAUACUGGUUCAGAGCUGGAACAGACGAGUCUCAACCCAGUUUAAUCUAUGCUCAUGGAAAUAGUGGUGAUGAAUGUAACAAGAGUGCCGAGGAUCCUUCCCAAUACAAAUGUGACUAUAGCUUCUCCAAGAACGUCAGCACUGCUGAUGCUGGGUCUUACUACUGUGCUGUGGCCACAUGUGGACAGAUCAUUUUUGGAAAUGGAACAAAGCUGAACAUUAAGGGGCCCAGCACAUGGGACUUGCAGAUGGCCAAUACAGUUCUCUUUCUGUUAUCUGCUGCACUGGCUACAACUCUAAUUGUUAUAGCCUACCUCAUCAAGAAAUUAAGUGUUUGCUGCCCUGACACAGAUCUUGGAACAACCAGUGGCAACCACGAGAAUCAGGAGAGAGGUGAGAACUCGAUGGUUUAUUCAGCAGCAACUUUCACCAUAAAGAAAAGUGGCAAAUUAGUGAGAAGAAAUGAAAAAACAGAAGAGGAAGCAAAAGUCUACUCUGAUAUCAGUGCUUCUGCAGUAAAAUAACUAUUUUCAAACUGAAUUUUAAGUGAUAUUACCAAUUGCAAAGUUUUGUAUGACAAACAACAAUGUCAUACAACAUACAGCGUCUUCUAUUUUACUUUUGAA